AACACAGCUUCCCGCUCACCUCCACGCCCACAUCCCGCGUCGCCGCAGUAUGCCCACACUCGUCGCGCCAUUCUGCUGCUAUGGGUGAUUCAGACAGCCUCGAGGGCCUUCAGGGCUUGCACCAGGAUCUGCUCGCCCUGGCAGAGUCUGGUGUCCUUGUCGUCGACAGACUCAAAGAUCAAUUGGAUCGCAGGAUUCAUGAGUUCAAGACUCUGCUGGAUAAACCGGAGAAAAAUGCCGCAAGCCGCACCACCCUGACUUCUGGUAGGAUUACCAUCGACGACGAGGAAUACGAAAUCAACGAAGAUUUCAAGCAACAAACCAUACAGCUAGCGGACAGCUUGAACCUGGACGAGCUGAAGUCCGCGGCCCUUUUCCAUACGGCGCAGCAAGGCGCGCAGGAUUUCGACCGGACCCCCCUCAUGACCGCAAUACUCCAAUUCCAGAACCGCAGACAGUUCCUGCUCGAAUGCUUGCGGGUCAUUAUUCGUCUCUCCAUACGGGAGAGCGAGGAAGCCAAUGCGCAACCCAGAUUGAUCGACUUUGGGGACUAUGUACGGGAAAUCGUAGGCGCCACAGACACAAGCAACGCCAAUGCACAUGCGUACUGGGGGAAGUGCUUGGCGAGCUUGAACGACAUGGAACUGUGGUUACAACAGCUGGCAGAACGGGAGCAGAGUGCCCAGGUCGUGGGCCAAAUACCUUCUUCGGAGGCCGUGGAGACAAACGAGUUUCAACGAAAGAGCUUGAUCAAGCAACACGAGUCGCUGAGCGCCAUCUGCACGGACCUCAUCAAACCAUACGCAAACCUCGAAAAUUUCCGGUCGCUGUUGCGCAAGAUAAAACGUCUGGACAAGCAUGACCUUGUUACCAUCCAUUACGUUCCGAUUCUCAUAUGCUUCAUAAACUACCUGAACCCGGACUCUGGACCUUGCACUGCCGCUGAAGCAAGGAGUCUCACUAAGGAAAUUGUGAGCAAAGACGGCGAUCCUUGGGGCUUGCGGAACCUGCAGGCCGCAACAAUAGUAUGGUGGUUAGCCGAAUAUAGUGGCAGAUACAUUGAGUCCAAUGCCGAUGACCCUGUGCAGCGAGCCGCUGAUCCCCGAGCUGAAGCAGAAGAACGCUCAGCCCAGUUCAUGGAUGCCCUCAAAGAUGGUGCAUUCCACUUUAUGCUCUCCAUAAGUCAGGAUAUCAAGCCUAGCAAAUGGUACGAUCCAGCCAAAGCCGGGUUAGUUUCGCAUCUGAUCCACGAAACACAUAUCCUCCCGUCAGACACCUCGCCUCAGCCCUUGGAGUUUUUCAAGACUCUUCUUAUGGAACAGAUGCAGUCUUUUGUGGAAGCUUUCAUCACCAAUAUGCCGGACACUCUACGAAAGCUAAAAUCCGAGGAGGACGAACAACGAAAGCUGCUGCACUCUCGAUUUCAACGCGGGCCUGCGGAGUAUGAACUCCACCUGGAGCGUUUCCUAAUCAUUAUCGGAUAUGCCUUUGAUGGAUUUCCUGAGGAAGCGGACCAGCUAUUCUGGUCUGAUCCCGAAGGAAAUCUGUUCGGCUUUUUACAGUGGGCAGCAAAACGCCAGCCGACACCCCGUAUUGCUGCGUUUUGUGAGACGCUAAAAUCGCUGUCAAAUGGACCUGAAUGCGCCGAUGCCGCUCAUAAGUUUCUUCUAGAUGAAGGUGGUUCGUCGUCGGGGAAGAUCCGGCGGACAAGUUCUUUGAGCUAUACGCACAUCUUCAACGAACUUUACGAACUUGGCUUGAACAUUCACGAGCCAAGGAAGACGACACAAGGCACGCUUUUUCCGACCGCUCAAAACCCGGUUGACCAGAUCGUGGAACCGGAAAGUGCGAUGAUGCUCGAAAGCUAUCUCCGUCUACUCGGUCAUCUGUGUCGCGAAAGCAAGCAGACCAGAGAUUGGAUGAUCAAUCACAACAGCAUCGAUGUCAAGGGCCUCUACUUAAAACUGUGCGUGGACAAAGUUGAAAGUCGCCUCCGAGCUUCCGUGUUCAGUGCUCUGGCGGCGUUGCUCACCGACAAGACUCCGGCUAUCGCAACAGUCAUGUGGAACGACCUCGACAAAUGGACAGCAAGCGGUUUUAUUGUCGAUGCGCGGCAAAGCACUAUAGCUAACGCAACUUCGUUACAGAAUCUUUGGGAAGUCCUUGCAAGUGGAUAUGACGAAUCGUAUGCCCUUGUCGAGCUCCUUCGUGCCUUGGUCCAACCCUACUCCUUCAACGAACUUCGCGACACUCUUCCGUUUCCAGAGACUCUCGGCUCUACUCAUAGACCCCAGGCUGGUAUUGAUACGUAUGUCGAUUUUGUGGUUGGCCGUGUCUUUGGCGUCAAAUGUGGCGAAUUGCCAGACGGCCUGCAACGACAAGUCCUCAGAUGGAACUGUCUAAACUUCAUCAUCACUUCUCUCGACUCUUUCAACGAGGAUCUAGUGAUUUUCGCCAACAAAUCGAACAUUGGCGUUGAUGCAGUUAUACACGCGUCGUCGCUACAGAAAUAUGUUGAACUCCAUCCCUUCACUCGAGUGAUGGACUGGCUGUUCAACGAGAAGGUGCUGAAGGAGCUUUUCUCGACUGCGAUCCAGAAUGAGAGUGCUGUGGAUGAUGCAGCUGAAGAUUCCCCGCUAGUUCUGUCUUUAAUGCUCAGCAUCAAGACCAUGGAUCUUCUUCUUACUCGUCAGGCUACAUAUCUCGAUAUUGUCCGACCGCUGGUUAAACUAAGCUCAUCUCAACACCGAAAAUCAGUCUCCAAUCCAGUCAUGGCUUCUUUUGAAGAUGCGGUACUUAGCUCUCUCGAUAUUGUGACUAAAUUAGGGUUCUAUUGCGGCUCCGGGCACACAGAACUCGCAAUUGUCUCAUUAAGACUUUUGGAGAAACUUGCUUCCUCGCGCAAGCUCGUAGUCUCUCCUACUGCAGGGUUUGGGCAGCGAUCGAGUCGCAGCAAGGUCGUCGGAAUCAUGGAGAAGGACAACAAUGCCGAACGAAUCUCAAGAUCACUGGUCGAUGUGAUGAAACGAGAUGGAAGAGAAUUAGAGGCACAGUCAGAGGCGCCUGGUUACGUUAUCAAAAACCAUAUUCUCGACUUCCUCAACACUUGUCUAGUCACUGUUCCAAACCGUCCUACGAUUGCGCACCUUUUACUGGGAUUUUCUUGCGGCAAUAACCAUGUUAGCAUAACGCCUGGGAGCCUCUGGGACGAUCACAUUUCGCUGUUCCAUGCAAUUCUGCGUUUGGCGGUUGAAUAUCCAGAUAAUGACGGAGACCAGUAUGUCACUUGGAUGUCAACUCUAAAACGCAAAUGCCUGGAAGUUCUCAACAAGCUAUGGAAGUCGCCUCUCACGAGUGAGCUUGUUAUGGAAGAACUACGAGACUUUGAUUUUGCUUUCGCAGAAGCUAUAUCGCUUCAGACAGUGGACGCGAACACAUUGUGGGAUGGAGAGACGAUUGAUAGCGUCGACUUCCUCCUUGCAGGCCUUGGCAGUUCCGCGGUUGCAUUUCAAAAUUUCCUCCGCCAGAGAUCCUUGUUUUGCGAGUACACUGCUAAGGAACUCCGGUUUAACGAUCGCGCUGGAAUGCCUACACAAAAGGCUCGCGUUCAGUCAAGUCUUUUGGGAAUAACGGUAUUUCCCGGCGGAGAUCAGCAGCAGAACCCUACCAUCUUCGACAUCUUCGACUUUAUGGAGCUGGAGGUCAACGAAGCAUACACCCCACCUCCGCUAGUUUUCCUGGACGGUCUCGAUCUGGACGUUUGCAGAAAAGACGAAGAGGGACUAGAAAUUUACGACCUUGACCAUGUUGGAGAAUACAUUCGUCUCCGAUGUAACGAGUUGAUUCAGAGUGGCGUAAUUGACAACACUUCCAACGACCAAACGGUGUCGCACGGCAACGAAGUGAGGCAAGGCGGCACUGUUAGCGCUUCUAACAGGAAGCAAGAACUGGACGCAGAAAUAGGGGACAUUCUAUCAUGCCUACUCAGCAAUAAUGAGCGCGCUAGGAUCGUCCGUUUGCAAGAGGAGGCCCUCAAGGCAUGGGCUCAGCUGACAACAGUAACUCUUCAGAGCUGCGAUUUCGAGCCCGGCGUCCGCAUAGCUUUCAUCCUACAGACCUUACAAGUGAUACUGCCAAAGCUCGAGAAGUCGUAUGAAGAUUCCUCAGACACGGCGGUGGAGUUGUCCGGUCUAGCUGGGGCUUUGAUACAGAGCAUUGACUUUGACUCAACUACUUUUGAGAAAACACAGACGGGAGAUUUUGCGAACGACAGGUUGUCCCAACUGUUUCGAAUAUCACUCGUUGGAGUAUUGGGCGCUGGUAGCACUGCGGAGCUUCGGCAAGCCUGUUACCACAUUUCCUACCGAUACCUUCGAGGAGCAUCUAAAAAGUCAACAAAAGGAUCUCCGCUAGGACGGCAUACUCUUUCUAUUGUCAAGAAUUCCGGCGAUCGUCUGAUCGAAAUCCUUUGCGAUGACGCCUACGCAGGCACAGGGACCUGCAAGGUUUCCGCGCUCUUGUUCCUUGAUGCCCUUGUUGCGAUGUGCAUUCGGGAAGGGUCCAAGUACAUGACGGAAGCUUUCGUACGGUUGAACUUUGUCAGUGUGCUGGUCGACCACAUCAAGCACAUUCCAGCGGAAUUGAAGGCCGCCAAUGUACAAGAAGUACCUGUUUUCCUGUCUUAUUAUGACGCCAGCCUUGCACUCCUAGCCAGGAUAAGCCAAACGAAACUAGGUGCAGCGCAAGUCCUCAACGCAGGUCUCUUUCAGUCUGUUCAGGAGUCCCAGAUAUUCUCCGCGGAUCCAGAUAUCGGUCUUGAGUUCGAAAACCCGAAUGCCCUCAAGAAAUACUUCGAUCUGAUGCUGUCGGUUCUCCGGAUUAUCAACGCGGCGGUCCUUUCGCGAGGUCCUCAGAACGACCAGACGCUCUUCCAGGCGCGAGAGUUCCUCCGGGAAAAUAGAAAUAGCAUGGUAGCGGUGUUCAAGCGGAACGUAAAGGUGGGAGGCCUACAAGACGUGGAUACUGACUUGAGCGACCUCGUCGAUUGCUUCACGGUCCUUGUUAGUGCAACGAGGUUCCUAGAGUAUGAAAAUAAGACGACGUCGCAGCGAGCGACGCGAAACUUGUUUUCCUAGCUGCAUUUUGGGUUUCAGAAAUCUACGAGCGAAAAGUCUUGGUUUUCAAAAUCUUGGGCUAGAUCCAAGGGGCUAUGUGUACCCUUCGGCGGCAUUGCUAUUCACUCCGCGGAAAUGGAUCGGAGCGUUGCCAAGCGUUGAGGAGGCGUCGGGACUCAAUACGAAGAAUCGCUGAUUUUAUUCGUCUUGGCGUACACCUGACAGCUGCACCUGGGCGUGCAUGUUACUGCUGAUUGACUGACUCCAUCCACCUACAGCCCGUUGUACUCACAGUCUUUGUUCAGUCUCCGCCUUCUCCACGGAAACUGACUUCAGCCAUGAUUUUCAAUUGUC